UUAGUUUAUACACACAUAUAUCACCAUCAUACAUGGAGUGAUAUCUUUCAGUAAUGUAAUGUCAGAAGUAUUUACAUAUUUAUGUAUAAACUGUUUGUAUGUAUUGGUUUUACCUGCUCCUUACACAGAAUAAUAGUUUCUUGAAUUUAUUUUUAGUUUCCUGGAUAUCAAGAAUAAAGAAGGAUUGAACUAUCUCCCAACACCUAUCUGAAUAUCAAAUAAAGUAAGAUGUAUGCUUUUUUAUAUAACACAUAACUUGUAAGUUUUCAUGCUGUAUUUCUUACUUUUAAUCACAAAUUAAAUCAGAUUCAUAAGUUGUACAUCAUAUGAAUUAGUUUUUACUAUAUUUUGUGAUUUUUGCUUAUGUCCGUACACAUACAAACAAAAUGUACAUUUGUAUGAUGGAUUCUUAAAGUCAAAGCUCAAUAAUUCAAAUGUAUAUGUAUCAUGUUAUCAUUAUGUCAACUGAAUAUUAACAGCAUAUUCAUUUUCUUAGAUGGAAGAUACUUCAGUUCUAAGAACAAAAAAAAUCUCUUCUUAGACAAGGCUUUGUAGUUGUUUUUCGCUUCCUCCUCUGAAGAAGAGUUUCUCUCUGAGGUUGAAGAAGCCACAAUUAAAGUCGGGGAAGAGGAAGAACCAGCUUUGCUGGAUUCUAAUUUGUUUGAGGAGCCUGACUUACCUUCAAGGGAAGAAGACUUCUCAUGACCACCAACAAUCUGAGGUUAGUGAUCUUCCCAUGACCAGCACUACAUCAACUUCCAAAAUGGCCAGAGGCAGGAAGACACAAGAAAAGCCCCUGGCCUGUAAUGCAGAAUGGAAAUGGGAAGUUCUCAAAGAUGAGCAGCCCAGAUUGUUGGGGGACUUCAUCCGAGGAGAGCCUGUUUCCCGUCAAGCAAGUAACUAAAAAUAGCAAGUACAAACAGAAUGACUUCCGUUUACAAUUAUUGGAAUCUCUCGUGAAACCUCUAAUUGAAAGUAGAGGAGGACCUUCUUGUUUGUCAAGUAUCCAUUCACCAGUUCUGGUAGAUGCACAGGAACGGCUCUCACCUGGGAAGCAUUUUCCAGCAUUUGCUGAAGAAAAAAAAAGGUGCAGCUUGUGCCUCCACACAGGGUUAAUUAAGUUGACUUGUAAACAGUUUAAGGCACUUUGAAGAGUACCAUACUUUGAAGACUCUUCAAAGAAGCUAACUUUUCUUUCUGUCAAAUCCAGUCAACAUAUUAUGAUUCGAAAGAAAAGUAAAACUCAAUCUGAUUUUUUUUAUUUUCUUCUUCUUUCACUUUCUUAAAAUCUAAAAUUUCUUUAGUAGAGGUUCAGUGUUUAUAACACUUUUUUUUGCUUUGUUUUUUUUACACCAUCACUCACCAUUGGCAUUUAGGUAUUUCCACUUGUUUUAAAUGCAAUUAUAUUUGAUCUAAAACUCAUUGCACAUAUUAGCCAUAAACAAUAAAAAUAUUUCGACAAAGACUUUUGCAGGAGCACACAAUUUAUA